AUGAAAAACUUCCCAAAUCCAGCAAAAACAAGAAACUGCCCAAAAGAAAAAGAAAAAGUCCAAGAUAAACCCUUAGAACAGACUGCUAAACUACAACAAGAACUUCUCCAUGCCAUUCAAGAGCAAGUUGAAGCUCAAAAGCAAGCCGAAUAUGUCCGCCAGCAAGAGGAAAUCGCCCAAGAACAAGAAAGAAUUGCCCAGGAAUUAAGGGAACAACAAAAAGCAAUAGAGCAAACCUUAGCCGCAACCGGAAAACUUUCUAGACAAAAAACUAACACUUUAACUACUACCAUCCAAGAAACUAAUUUAAGUUUAGAAGAGCGAAGUCUCCUAACUAAACUUUACCUUAACGAAGAACAAAUCCUCGCUAUUGCUCUCCGAAGCCAAAAAGUUAAAAACCACGAGCAAGAAUUACGAGAAAAAUAUCCUAAAUUAGCUACUGAACAAAAAUUAAAAUUGCUUAACCUUGGCUUACAAGCCUUAAACUUUAAAACUUCCGAAAGCAAAACUAACUUAGUUAAAUUAAGACAACAAAUUCUCACCGAAAGACAAAACUUUGACUUAUCUCCCACUGAAAAAGAGCAAACACUAAAAUUUUUUAUUACCCAACUAGCUUUAAGCGAUGAGCAACAAGAUAAAUUAGAAGACAUGGGCAUUACCCUUGAUUUAAGUCAUAGCAAUCUUUUAUUCACCCAAGGCUUUAAGGCUACUAAAAACUACGAUUAUUUUGAAAUAUUGGCUUUUGCUUUUGUUUUAAAUGAGGGCAAUGCCGACACUCUUUGCGAACAGUUUACGGAAGUGGAGAACAGUUUAGUUCCUUUAAAUGCUAAGCAAUUAACGGAAAAACUCCAAACUCAGUUAGAAGCUAACCGCCGAGAAUUCGCCGAAAGAGAAGCGAUUACUUCCGCCGAACAAAAUAAAAAAGUAAAAUUAAGCGAACUAAUUCCUAGUUUAGCCGAAUAUAUUGAUAAAAAGUUUCAAGAAAGCGGCGGCCGAACUUUUGCUCCUCAUCCAGAAUCAACCGGCACUUCUAGCACUACUACUAGCCAAAAACCAGAGCAACCGGCUAAUACCGGUUCUCGUUACGAUGACCUCCUAGCUAAUUUAAGCCAAGAAGAAAGGGAACGUCAACAAAAGAAAAAAAAUCGCGAAGAAGCCCGCCGUAAGUUAGAUGACUUAGAAUUUAACCGCCGAGAACAAAAUUUAGACACUAAACAGCAAAAAAUCAAAACCGAAGAAGAACGCCGCCAGCGCGAGAGAGAAUUAGAAGAACAAGAGUUAAAGGCUCGUCAACAAGCUUUUGAAGCUCGCCAAAAAGAGUUAAGAGAGCAAGAAGAGAAACGCUUAACUAGUCAAGCCGAACAAAUCGAAACUAAGAAAAAAAUGGCCGAAGAAGCCUUAGCUAUUAAGCAAAAAGAAGCCGAGCUAGCCGAACAAAGAAAACGCACCGAAAUCGAAAAAAUGGAAAAGGAAAACGAGCAAGAACAAGAGCGGUUAGUAAUGCGAGCUAGGUUAAUCGAAGAAGAAAUGCAAAAAAGGUUAGCCCAAAUUGCCCUCGAAGACCAAGAAUCUCGGCAAAGAAUUGAAAAAGAAUGUCAAGAAAGAAAAGCCCAUCAUUUAAGAAAAGAAGCCGAUUUAGCGGAGAGAAAUUUCCAAGAAAUGCAAAGUAAAAUCGCCGAAGAAAAAGAAGCUCAGGCAAAAUUAGGUGAAACUACCGGCAAAGCCAGAGAGCAAAAGAUGGCCGCUGGUCAAGUUCAUAAAACAGCCCUUGCCGCCGUUUAUGAGUAUUAUCUAGAUAAUGAAGAGAUUAGCAGUUGCACUAAUAUUAGCCAUACUACGCCAGGCGGUUCAGCUUUACCAAGUGUCCGGAGUUUAUUUGCUAGUCAUCCCGAAAUGCGGUUAAAUAUCUUUAAUGCCAAAGUAAUGAGUUCCGGAGAAAGUGGCGAUAAAUGUUUAGGUAAUAGUUUUUAUAGCAAAGAGGGCUUGGAAGCCAAGAUUAAGAAGUUAAGACAAGAAAUUCAAGCUAGAAAAGCCGAGUUUGAGACUAUUAAGGAAAAAGUAAAGAGUUUGGGGGAAGUAGCCAAGGAAAAUAGCAUUGAGUUAGAGAAAGCCGUUGAAGUUAUUCGCAAAGUUAAAAAACUAGUUGGUUAUGCUAUUGGAUAUAUGAGUUUAUCAUCGGAAGUAAGGAAAGAAAACGGGAUUUUAGAAAUGUUGAAUGGAAUAAAGAUUGCUGUGGAUGGUUUAGGAGAGGGCUUAAAACUCUUAAAAUCUUUACCGAACAACUCAGUUAAAUUAGCCUUCUUUGACCCUCAAUAUGAAAAAGCAAACCAUCCUCAUUUUGGCCUGGGUGCUUAUUUUAGAAAUCAAGCGGAGUUUGCUUAUUUAAUCCAAAAAGAACCUUGGCAAAGUAAAGAAUUUAAAGACCGUAGUUUAGGGAAUGUUUACCAUGAACAACCGAAAAUAAUCUCGCUCAGAAAUCAUCCGCAUGAGAAGCCUUUAACUUUAACUAAGAAACUAAUUCAAGCCACCACUGAAAAAGGCGACUUGAUAGUUGACCCUUGUGCGGGAGGUUUUGGAGUUUUAAAAGUUUGCCGGGAAACUGGGAGAGAAUUUAUUGGCUAUGAUUUAACUUAUCAGGGAUUAAGGGAGUUUAAGGCUAAAAAACCUCAGAUUCAAGCUUUAAAUAAAGUUUGUUUAGAUUGUUGGGGGUUUAUUCGUUAA